AUGUUAAGAGAAGUGCUGGCCAUUUGUUUUUGGGCCAUCUGCCCAUUGUUACUUUCAGCCUACGAGGCUCCUGAAGAUAAGGAGGACAUAUUUGCCAGCAGGGCCUGUCCUGCAUUUCUUGUCUUUGACUCUGCUGCCUUCCUAGCUGAUAUGACCAUUGAACUUCCUUGUCACUGUAAAUCAGAGGAGACUCAUUCAGUGGUAUGGUACUAUCAAAAACAAGUUGGCUCCAUGAACACCAAAGUCCUCACAGACUUUGAGGGCACUACGGUGGUGGAAUCAUCCAAAGUUGGCAGAGGGUCCGAUCUGCGUAGUCGCUUUUCCAUCCGUUUGUUCAGUCUUCUCAUCUUCAGGGUGCAGAAAGCUGACUCAGGGCACUAUAUCUGUGGCACGGCCUCUGGUGAAUUCUUCUACGGCUACGAUGUUGAUGUCCAGGAGGUCCAUAAAGUUUUAUUUCCCUGGAACGUCAAACAAAGGACUCAAGUACAAGAAGCAGAGCUCAUCAGCAUAAAAACUGAAAAGUUUCAGGUGUUCACCAGGUAUGGGCCAUGGUCUAAAUGUGACCGCUGUGACAUCCGGGGGGAGCAUAUGCGUGUAGGACUUUGUUACAUCAAAAGCAUUUACCUCCAUGUACGUUAUCAGCGUGAAUCGGACACAGAGGCUCCCUGUGGUUCCUCAGCCGUUCCCCAACAGUUUGGCCUUUCUGGUAGUAGCUACGGAGCCGAACUUGAGGUGAGGAACUGUCACACCCCCUGUCCUCCAAAACCUACGACAUCUCCAGAGAGACAAGCUCUGCUGAAGUUCCUUGAGUCUGACGAUCGAUCUUCUUCAGGUGUCACCAUCCACUUUCACAACCACCCCACAGACUCUGAUCUGAUCUUGACCUGUCCUGGUGCCAAACCGCAGUAUGCUGUUGCCUGGGAUAAAGGUUCAGCACCGCUUUACCAUUCUCAGUAUAUGGAGGGACUGAAUAAGACGUCUCGUGUCUUCAUUGACACCGGUCACCACCUACACUUCAGACCCGUGCGGCUGGAAGACAAAGGCUCCUAUUUCUGCUGGCUCCAAGGAGAGCUGGCUGCAGAGAUCAGAUUGGGGGUGUAUUUGCGCCUGGGACGUUUGCGUCAAAUCUCGGACCCAGAGUCUGUCUAUGCGCUACAAGUUAUACUUGCUUGCUACGCUGGCAUUUCUGCUAUGUUUCUCCUCACUGUGAUAGUCAGAUUUAUUUGGCAGAUAAGCAAGGAAGAAACAUCUGUAGAUAUUAACUUGAAUUUGCUGUAGUUAUACUGAUGCACAUUUAAUGUGAAGUGCAAGGUGAAAUUUAAUAAAUAUGCUGCUUAAUGAAUUUUCUGAAUUUGAAUGUUUUUGUUUUUUAACAGAGAGUGA